UCGUUUGGCUACCGCUGGAUGGCGAACGAGGCUCGUCCUGCUGAAAUAAACGAAGAAGAAGAGAACGUGCGCGCAUGCGCAACUGCUCCCCACGUUAUUUUGAUUGUAGCCAAAUUUAGCAAAGAUUUUUACUUACCAUUAUGAAUGAGUAGGACAACUGCAUGGUCGUUUUUUUACCGCACUUUUCACGUAAAAAUCUGUUUGAAUUGUUAGUAUUUUCUGUUGUAGUUAGUUGACAAAUAUUGACAGGAUAAAAUAAGUUUGAAUAUCUAUAGUUAGCCAGCUAAAGAAGCAUGGCAGCUGUAGUGGGACUCAUUGCUGGGAGCUACGAGCAGAUCACCUUUGGAUACUUAGUGAAACCUGGAGAAAAUGGGUGGACAGCCGAGCCUGACUUCACACAUCAUGCACACACAGCCUCAGUAUCCGUGGUGGCUGCAAGCGAGAGGUUUGUGGUCACUGGAAGCAAAGACGAGACCAUCCAGGUGUACGACAUGAAGAAGAAAACAGAUCACGGGGCUUUGCUUCAUCAUGACGGUACGGUCACAUGUCUUGAGUUUUAUGGGACGACUCACUUACUGAGCGGAGGAGAAGACGGACUCCUGUGUGUGUGGGGCACAAAGAAGUGGGAAUGUCUAAAAUCCAUCAAAGCUCACAAGGGUCAUGUCACCUCGCUGUCCGUCCAUCCUUCUGGAAAACUUGCACUGUCAGUCGGAACAGAUAAGACUCUGAGAACAUGGAAUCUCAUUAAUGGAAGAUCAGCUUUUAUUAAAAACAUCAAACUGAACGCGCACAUUGUCAGAUGGUCUCCAGAUGGAGAUCGAUACGUGGUUGUGGCAAAUGACAAGCUGGAUAUCUACAAGCUGGAGACGGCCUCUGUGGAGGGAACGCUCACAAACCCAAAGAGGAUCUCAUCUGUGAAGUUCCUAAAUAACUCCAUCCUGGCUGUCGCAGGAGACGAUGAGACUGUGAGGAUCUGUGAUGUGGGGAAAUUAAAGUGGGUGUGUGAGUUCAAGGCUCACGAAACCAGAGUGAAGGCGGUUGAUAGUUUGAUGGUGGAGGAUAACUGCGUGGUGGUGACUGCUUCAAAUGAUGGCUUCAUCAAACUGUGGAAAAUUCUCCUUAAAGAGGCAAGUCUCGAGCUGGAGAGUCCCACCCUUCUGGGGGAAGUUAACACAACAGCAAGGCUGACGUGCCUGGCUUUGUGGAAACCUUCAACAGUGCAGGAGAUCGCUGAGAAACCAGCGCCCGAGGCAACAACGUCAGCAGAAAUUUUACAAGAGCUUACACGGAAGAAGAGAGUCCAAAUCACAGGAGAAAAGGUCAUUCUGGAGGAUGAGAGUAAACCCAAAAAGAAGAAAACGGACCGAGGAAAAUAGACUUCAGAUCUCUACUAAAAACAAUACAUGUUUUAUCAUGAAUUAACUCUAGUAUUUCAUCUGUUUAUAAAACUGCCUUGUUUUCCUCACUAGCUCAAUUGUAUUUUAAAAUAAAGACAUAAAGGUGUUUGUAAAAGAAGA